CUGAUGGAAAAUAACGCCUUUGCCUCCACCCUGGCUUCACUUACAUCCGGGGAAAGUGUAGCGUCACCCACUGACAUCUCCAAGAAUCGGUGGACAGUGGUGGUGAGGGAAACGAGGACAGUGCUGACCAGGAUAAAAAGAAAGGGCAUUUUUGCCAAAUAAGACCUGUUUUAAUAGUAUCGGUGUGCACCGGAGUCAAUAAAGACUGGAGUGUGAGAGCCCUGGACAAAAAAAAUACUUGGAAAAGAUUACGAAGGAACUAAAUUCUUUGGGAAGUGUAACGUGACGGGCAGUGUCAGUUUGCGCUGUCACAACUCGCGGAGAACUGAGGUUAGCUAGCAAGUGGGCUAGCUAGCCAGCUAGCUUAGUUGUUAAAAAGGACUGCUCUAUUUUGAAUUGCGGUCACUGCGCUAAAGAGGACACGAGCGACUUGUCCCCCAUGUUGAUUGAAUAAUAACACAAGGAGGUUUAGCACUACAAACGUCGACCAUUCUUUCUCCUGAGAGCACUUCAGAGUUGCUGGUGGGGCCGGUGAGGACAUGGGGACACCAGGACGAAAACGAGCCCCUAUCAAGGACCGCUUCUCAGCUGAGGAUGAGGCGUUGAGUAGCAUAGCCCGAGAGGCAGAGGCCAGGCUCGCAGCCAAGAGAGCCGCCCGGGCAGAAGCACGGGACAUCCGAAUGCGGGAGCUGGAACGCCAGCAGAGAGAGCUCUCUCACCACCACUCGUCCUCCAACAGGAAAUGGGGGCAGAUCCACCAAUGGAUGGCUGACGCUGAGAAGGCCCGAACCUCGCAUCGGUCCAGCACGAGUCAACGACGGGGUCGAGAUGACGAUACAAUGUCGGUCCGUAGCAGUGCCAGCUACAGGUCGACUUCAUCCUCGCUACGAGACUUGGGGAGCUCCCAGCGGAGUCGAUCUAGUACCUCUCGCAGGAGGGAUGCGGUGUCUGACGGCCUCUCCAGCAGCUCGGCUCUGAAGAGCUCCCGUUCCACUAGCUCUGUGUACAACGACUUGCACAACUUGAAGAAGACCUCCAGUGGCUCUAAAAAGGACUUGCUGACUGGACUGUACCACGACCAAAGGAACUACAGCAGCCUAAAGAGCACCAAACCUGCUCCCCCUACUUUCACCUCCACUACAACCUCUUCCACCUACCAACCUCGGGCUUCGUCCACCACCCCCAGCACAAGUGGUCUGACCCGAAGUUACAGCCUGGCCUCUAUCUAUGACGACGGUCUCUAUGGUUCCUACAGUUCCAGCAAAGCUCCGUCUGAAUACAGCUGGUACUCCUCGGGGGCCAGCUCCACUCGUAGCAGCCCCGUGUCUUCCUCUGAUGAUGACUCCGGCAGCACUGUGUCCCAGGAGUGCUACAACCGCAGACGCAGGGACAGCACGUCGUCUGACUUCUCUGACAUUAGUGAGACGGCUGCUGACUAUUUCAGCCGCUCUAACCGCCGUGGCAGUAUCGUGUCUGACCUGGAUGAUCUGAGUAUUCCUGAUCUGGACUCCCUGGAUGAAAAAUGCGACAAGCAGUACUCAGAGUACAGCCGGCCGUCGUCGCGCUGUGCCACCCCUGGGCUGUCUGCGGCUGCUCUGGCGUCGCUGGGCGGCACCUCGUCCAGGCGUGGUAGCGGAGACGCGGGCAGUGUCGUCGUCGACCCUGAUGCUUCUCUCAGUGAGCUACGGGAUCUGUAUGAUUUAAAGGACCAGAUUCAGGAUGUAGAGGGGCGCUACAUGCAGGGGCUUAAGGAGCUGAAGGAGUCUCUAACAGAGGUGGAAGAGAAGUAUAAGAAAGCUAUGGUGUCCAACGCUCAGCUAGACAACGACAAAGCCAACCUGAUCUACCAGGUGGACACGCUCAAGGACGUCAUAGAGGAGAUGGAGGAGCAGACGUCAGAAAUGAGACGAGAGAUGGACGACAAGUCCAAGGAGUUAGAGAGACAGAAGCACACGGUGUCGGUGCUGCAGCACAAGCAGGAGGAGUUGAAGGAGGGCAUUCGCCAGAGAGACGAGCUCAUAGAGGACAACCAGCGAAUGCAGCAAAAGUUAGAUACGCUCACCCGCGAGGUGUUUGAUCUGCAGGAGACCAUUAACUGGAAGGACAAAAAGAUUGGGGCCUUAGAGAGACAGAAAGAGUACUUUGAUUGCAUUAGGACUGAGAGGGACGAGCUCAGAGAUGAGCUGGCUGACCUCAAGGGGAAGUCCAAAUCAGGAGAGAAACAUGGGCUGGUCAUCAUCCCAGAGGGCAUGCCCAACGGUGAUGUAGACCACGAGCUGCCCCCCUCGGGCAUCACCGUGGUGACGCAGGAGGCAGCGCAGGUGCUGGAGUCCGCUGGAGAGGGGCCUCUUGAUGUCAGGUUACGGAAGCUUGCGGACGAAAAGGAUGAACUCUUAGCACAGAUUCGUAAAUUGAAGAUGCAGCUGGAAGAGGAGAAACAGAAGCACUCUAAGAUGGAAAGUGUGUUCACGGACGGAGAGAGGAUGGAGAAUGGCACUGACCUGCACUUUAUAGAGUUUCAGAGAGAUGCCAACAGACAGAUCAGCGAAUUCAAGUUCAAGCUGUCGAAAGCAGAACAGGAAAUGGGCACAAUGGAACAGAAUAUCAGUAGACUUGAAGGACAGGUGUCGAGGUACAAGUCAGCAGCGGACAACUCUGAGAAGGUUGAGGAUGAGCUGAAGGCUGAGAAGAGGAAACUUCAGAGAGAGUUGCGCACAGCGCUGGAUAAGAUAGAAGAGAUGGAGAUGACAAAUAACCACCUGGUGAAACGGCUGGAGAAGAUGAAGGCCAAUCGCAAUGCCCUGCUGUCUCAGCAGUGAGGGAGAGCUGCCACAGACACAUGCGCGCACACACACACACACACACACACUACGCCAACCAUCCAUCAACCCCCACCGAACCCUAAAGAACAGUCAAUGGUCUCUCCUGUCCACACCCCAAAACAGUUCAUAAAACAGAGAGUCCCCUCCCACCUCCCCCACCCAACAACCCUCUACAGACUGUUAGACAUGUAGGAAAACCAAAAACAGUCCCCGCAAAACCUGAUAGCACUGUCAGGAGGGACACCAGCCUCCACUGUGGUUGUCUCCAAAACGGAGCUUCAGACCAUUGUUUGAGAAGUGAUUGAUAUUUUUUUUUUGUUUUGUUUUUUUCUUCUAAACCUGAGGAAUGUUCAGUUUAUUCAUUGUUUUUCUUUUUCCAAAGCUUUGUACAUGAUGAUGUUAUUCAAACUCUGGUUGGGUGCUGCAUCUUUUUGGUCUUUUUUUUUGUGUUGCAUGAGUGAGUAUAACAGCGCUUUGAAACUGUGGAACCA